AUGGCAACUAGAAGAGCAUCUUGUGAGAAAUGGAAACAUGCCAUUGGUCCAAGGAUUUUUGGGAUUUUGGAGAAAACGAAGAAAGAAUCAGCUUGGUGCAUUCCAAAGCUUGAUGGGGAGAGUUUAUAUGAGGUCAAAAACCAUGAUGGAAGUCAGAUUGUGGUUGAUUUGAAGGAGGCCUUUAUGAGAGCUUAUAGUCCAAUGGUUCAUCCAAUGACAAGUGAAGACUUGUGGCCUAAGUGUCAUAGGCCUCCUUUGAUGCCACUAUUUUAUCACAAACAACCUGGGAGACCAAGGAAGAAGAGGAUGAGGUCGGCAUGUGAACAACCAAGCAAAUCUAAUCCUACAGCCACCAAGUUGCAGAGGUAUAAUUUGGAAACCAAGUGUUCACUUUGUAGACGAGAAGACCAUAAUAGGAGUAGCUGCCCUAAGGCAAAAGAAGGCAGCAGCAGUCAGGUCCCAUAUAAACGAAAGGUGAAGAAAUCUGCCCAAUAUACGACAUCAACCAAAAGGGUUACAAGACAAUCAACAGCCAAGCAACCUGCCAAACUGCCCCAACCCCAGCAUCUCAAAUUGCCCCACCUUCAGAAACUGCCCAAGCAUCUCAAAGUGGCCAAGCUUCAGAAACUCCCAAAAAAAAAGAGGUUUAAGUUUCCUGCAAAGAGGAUUAAAUUUCCCAAAAAGAAGGAUAGUUCUCAAACUCUGCAAGACUCUCAAUCUGUGCAAGGAACUGAAUCUGUGCAAGCUUUUCCGGUUUCUCAAACUAGCCAAAGUUCUCAACCUGCCCAAAGUUCUCAACCAAGUGCAAUCUCAUCACACCCUUUUGCCAGUGGUCCAAGCAAAAAGAGGUUCAAAUCUCCUGCCAAGAGGAAGAAAUUUAUCAAUCAGAAGGAUUUGUUGGAUGGUUAUCAGCCUUGGAGAUUAUGA